CAUCUUAUUAGCAACAAGGGAAAUUUCUCCAUUUUGCAGCCUGUCUACAGCGACACGGCCACCGGACUGGGAUUUUAUUACUUCUCCUCACCUGCCAGCGUUUUCCUGCUAUUUAAAAAAAAAAAAAAAAUCCUCCUCACUCAUAACUGGACUUUGCUUUAUAUUUUCCCUGUGAACUUUUUUCUUUGUGCACACACAGAGAGAGAGAGAGAGAGAGGGAGAGAGAGGGAGAGAGUGAGAGAGAAAGGGGGACAUCAGCGAAGAGCUUUUGCGUUUCAACAAAGAGGCUUGUGGGUCUUUGUUCGGGUUUUUUUUUGUGUGGAUCAGUUGAGUUUCUUUGUUGGAGCAGAAAAGCAUGGGAGCGCAAUUGUCCAAGACAGCUGGAAAGGCUGAAACCGCGGCGGAGAAGCCGGGAGAGGCUGUUGCUUCACCCACCAAGACCAACGGACAGGAAAAUGGUCACGUCAAAGCGAACGGGGAUGCCUCUCCUGCGGCGGCCGAGAACGGCAAAGAGGAGGUGCAGGCCAACGGCAGCGCCACAGCCGAGGAGACCCCCAAGGAGGAGGCCGAGAAGGCCGAAGCUGCCCCCGCUGAGGCAGAGGCCGCAAACGGGGAGAAGGUAGAGGAAGCAGCUCCUGCUCCCGCCGAGGGAGAGGCGGCGAAGGCAGAGGACGGCGCUGCACCUUCCACCAGCAACGAGACCCCCAAGAAGAAGAAGAAGAGAUUCUCCUUCAAGAAGUCCUUCAAGCUCAGUGGCUUCUCUUUCAAGAAGACCAAAAAGGAAACAGGAGAGGGGGCUGAGGGCGAGGAGGCGGCUGCUGCAGCGGCGUCCACAGAGGAGGCCAAGGCGGAGGGCACAGAGGAAGUGGAGGCUGCUACUGAGGAGGCCAAGCCCGCCGCUGAGGGGGAGGCCGCACCUGCUGCAGAGCAGGCCAAGGAGGAGGUAGAGGCCAAGCCAGAGGAGGCAGCAGCACCAGCAGCAGCAGCAGCAGCAGCACCAGCAGAGAAACCUGCUGAGGAGGCCAAGGAGGCCGCUCCCGCCGAGGAGCCAAAGCCGGAGGAGAAACCUGCUGAGCCCGCCGCCGAGGAGGCGCCCAAAACAGAGGAGGCCGCCCCGGCCUCACAGGAAGCAGCAUCAGCAGAGGCUCUGGCGGCUGCUGCUGCGGCUGCCGAGGCCGCCGAAUAAGUUUGGAGAGAAGAAGAAAUCGAAAAAAAAAAAAAAAAAAGGAGAAAAAAGAUAAUCAAAGAACAUUUCCCUGUUUGUAUGUUGGAGUGACGCCAGGUCCUGGCUUUGAAGAACUUGUCGACAACCAGGGAUAUUUUAAAGCUUUUCUUUAUUUUUUGGUUUCCAUUUCCCCCCCUCUCACACAAAACCCAUCUCAGUCCAUCCCCAUGGGCCUGGAAGGUGGGUGGCUUCAAUAUGUACAACAGAUUACAUACACCCACACUCUGCCAUAUAUUUUUUCAUCAGUAUUAAGUUUUUUUUUUU